UUCAAGGAGUGGUGUGGCUGGUGAUUCUAAAUUAUCGUGUUGAGUACCACAACUCUGAGACAGAGCAAAAUGGCUUCAAACGCAGCUGUGCCGUUUUGGAGAGCAGCAGGGAUGACAUACAUAACGUACUCUAACAUCUGCGCGAAUCUGGUGCGCAACUGCCUCAAGGAACCCCAUAAGACCGAAGCCAUCAAUCGCGAGAAGGUUCACUUUUCAAUUUCUAAGUGGGAAGAUGGAAUACCCCAGAAGCCCACCAUUCGAUCGGAUUCACAUGAAGAAUGAGUCAGGAUGGAGAGAUGCUCAUUGAAUGUCAGCGUGGAGUGAUAAAUCAUUUACUCAAAAAGCUUCCUUUUGUUUUGUCAUUUGGCUAGAUUUAAUUUUAUCAAGUCUUUGAUGUGUGGACCUCUCAAACGAGAUUUGGAUUUCUGGUUCUGUGUUGAUGCUCAUGUAAUAAUAUAAUUGGCAUAUGUUCUUUGAACUGUACUUUGUUUCAUCAAUCCUUUUAUGGAAAUUGGUGGGGUACAGAUAUUUUCCAUCUUACACUGCAAUGUUUUCCUUGUUAGUAUGGUAAUGAGCUUGUGGUGGAGAUUGGAGGUUUUGAACGGCAAGUUUGUUUUUUAAGCUUAUUUAUCCACUUUUCCUCUA